AUGGCAACAACCAAACAUGUUUCGUCUCCUAAACCAUUUCUCACCUUUCUUAAUCUUCUCAUUGUAGCCGCCACCGCAACUACGGCGUCUAACAAACCGGUGGUUUUAAUGAUUUCUUGCGAUGGUUUCCGGUUCGGCUACCAAUUUAAAACCGACACACCAAACAUCGACCUUCUCAUAUCCGAAGGAACCGAAGCAAAACUCGGUUUAAUCCCGGUCUUCCCCACCAUGACAUUCCCAAACCACUACUCUAUCGCAACCGGACUCUACCCGGCUUACCACGGUAUAAUCAUGAACAAAUUCACUGAUCCGAUAACCGGAGAAGUGUUCAACAAAGGCCUAGACCCCAAGUGGUGGUUAGGUGAGCCAUUGUGGGUAACCGCAGCAAACCAAGGUCGCAAGGCUCUGACUUACUUUUGGCCAGGCUCUGAAGUUCCCAAAGGUUCUUGGACUUGCCCUAAAGGAUUGUGCCCACACUUCAAUCUUUCUGUUCCUUUCGAAGAAAGAGUCGACACGAUCUUGAGCUAUUUAGAUCUCCCUAAAGACGAAAUCCCUGAUUUGAUGAUGUUGUAUUUCGAUGAGCCAGACGGUGCGGGUCAUAACUAUGGUCCUGAUGAUCCCCGGGUUACAAAUGCUGUCGCGAGGGUCGAUAAUAUGAUCGGUAGGGCUAUUCAGGGGUUAAAGAAGAGGGAGAUCUUCGAUGAGGUUCAUGUGAUAUUGCUUGGUGAUCACGGAAUGGUGACUAACUGUGACAAGAAAACGAUUUACAUUGAUGAUUUAGCAGAUUGGAUCAAGAUACCCGCGGAUUGGAUCAACGCCUAUAGCCCGGUACUAGCAAUAAAUCCCCGGUGGGGAAAAUAUGUCGAAAACCCAGCCGAGAAGAACGCGGAACUCGUGGCCAAGAUGAACGAAGCUUUGAGCUCAGGUAAAGUAGAGAACGGAGAGUUUUUGCAAGUUUACUUAAAGGAGAAGUUACCGAAAAGGCUGCAUUAUUCCGAUAGUUCUCGGAUUCCGCCGAUAGUAGGAAUGGUCGGGGAAGGCCUUUUGGUUAGACAAAACAGAACAAACGCACACGAAUGUUACGGAGAUCAUGGAUACGACAACAAAUACUUCUCCAUGAGAUCUAUCUUUAUUGGACAUGGUCCAAGGUUUAGGAGAGGAAAGAAAGUACCGUCGUUCGAGAAUGUUCAGAUCUACAAUGUAGUUGCAGAGAUACUCGGACUUCUACCAGCUUCGAAUAAUGGUUCUGCUUUGUUCACUAACAACAUUCUCUCGCAGUUUGGAAAAACAGGGGAAGUAAAAUGA